CCACGUUCAAACCGACAGGCGCGCGUUUUUUUUUUAAACUGACGUAUUCUGCCGCCGCGUGAGUCAUCAACGUCCUUUUAAAGAGACUUUCAUAAACACUGAAGAACAAACAAACAAACAAACAAACAAACGGCCGACGGAAGGAUCGCUGUCGUGAAACAGCGCGUUUUCUCAUGACUCCCCGGACUGUCUGAAGAAGGUUUUUCUGUAGUUUUUUUUUGUCGUGUCGCCGUGCGUUCACGCCGCAGAGAAGAGAAGCGUCCGUCCCGAGAGCUCGCGCGUUUACCGCCACGGCGAGGCGCGUGUCCCGUUAGAGAGCGACACUCUGCGUCAUGUGACGGCGGCGGACGGACGGACGGAGAGAUGAAGAUGGCGCAGCGCCGGCGCUGAAGAGUCUCCGCCGUUCACCAGCGCCGAGUCACGGGAGAUCGCCCCGAUCACGCGCGCGCGCGAGCGACUCCGGAGCCACGCUCAAGGUUAGCUCGCCCUCGCGCCGUUUCGUCGGAAUCCAGCGGUAAAUCACGACUCGACGAGAUAAAUAAAUGAUCGGCUCUCCGUCCUCAGAUGCUGCCGCCGCCGCAUCCAUAACGGGAGACCCAGACGAGCGGAUGGGAGACCGGAGCUGACGCGCGCGACGGCUCGACGCUUUCACCGCGCGCACGGCUGUGACAGAAACGUCUGCUUCAACUUUGCAUGCCAUUUAACCGAAACUCUUCUAAUAUCUUGGGUGUUUUACCGGGAUCAUGUGGACGCCGACCGAGGACGAGAAGAUCGGAGUGGUGGUCUGUAGUUUCCGUGGAUCAGUGUCACACGGUCUGACUCUAGAGCUUGGAGAAACAGUUCAGAUCCUGGAGAAAUGUGAAGGAUGGUAUCGAGGAUUUUCCACCAAGAAACCCACAAUCAAGGGGAUCUUCCCGGCCGGCUACGUCCACUUGAAGAAGGCUGUGGUCACGAACAGAGGGCAAUACGAGACGGUGGUCCCGCUGGAGGACCCCAUCAUCACAGAGGUCACCUCUACUCUUCAGGAGUGGUCAGUCCUGUGGAAGCAGCUGUAUGUGAAGCAUAAAGUCGACCUCUUUUACAAGCUCCGCCACGUGAUGAACGAGUUGAUUGAUCUGAGGAGACAACUGCUUUCAGGCCACCUGACCCAGGAUCAAGUCCGUGAAGUCAAACGCCACAUCACUGUACGACUGGAUUGGGGCAAUGAACACUUAGGCUUAGAUCUGGUGCCCAGGAAGGAGUUUGAAAUGGUUGAUGCCGACCAGAUCAGCGUUUCUGAUCUCUACAAAAUGCACCUGUCCAGCAGACACAGCGUCCAGCAAAGCACGUCCCAGGAUGGUGGAAGACAAAGACACGGGGACACGUGUCGGAUGCCUGUGCCGCACCAUCUCUUCGUCAACCUGAAGAGUUUCACAUACAACACCAUCGGAGAGGACACAGACAUCUUUUUCUCUUUGUAUGACCUGAGAGAGGGCAAGCAAAUCAGCGAGAAGUUUAUGGUGAGACUCAACAAAAACGGUGGGCCAAAAAACCCGGAGAAAGUGGACCGUCUCUGCGCCCUCUUCACGGACUUGAGCAACAAGGACAUGAAGAGAGACCUGUACAUCGUGUCCCAGGUCAUCAGGACGGGGAGGAUGCUGUUAAACGACUCGAAGAAAGGCCCCCCUCACGUCCAGUACCGGAGACCGUACGGAUGCGCGGUGCUGGCCAUGAGCGACGUCCUUCAGACCAUCUCUGAACUCAAAGAGGAGAAAGACUUCGUGCUCAAAGUUUACACGUGUAAUAAUGAAAACGAGUGGUACCAGAUUCACGAGAACAUUAUCCGCAAGUCCAGCACCAAAUACACCGCCCCCAGCACUAACUACGGUCUAAUCAUCUCCCUGCAGCUGUUGAGGGGCGACAUGGAGCAGGUGCGCAGGGAAAACCCCAUGAUAUUCAACCGCGGCGUGGCCAUCACGCGCAAACUGGGCUUCCCUGAUGUGAUCAUGCCAGGUGACAUACGCAAUGACCUCUACCUCACGCUGGAGAGAGGAGACUUUGAGAGAGGAGGCAAGAGCGUUCAGAAGAACAUCGAGGUCACCAUGUAUGUGCUCUACGCUGACGGCGAGAUCCUCAAAGAGUGCAUUAGUCUGGGCUCAGGAGAGCACAACAUCAGCGAGUACCGCUCUUUCGUCCUCUACCACAACAACAGUCCUCGCUGGAGUGAGGUCGUCAAACUGCCCAUCCCCAUAGACCGCUUCCGCGGGUCCCAUCUGCGCUUCGAGUUCAGACACUGCUCAACAAAAGACAAAGGAGAAAAGAAGCUUUUUGGCUUUGCCUUCACUCCUCUUAUGAGGGAAGAUGGCACCACGCUGUCUGACGAGAGCCAUGAGCUUUACGUCUAUAAGUGUGAUGAAAACACCACCUUCAGUAACCACGCGCUGUACCUGGGUCUGCCUUGCUGUAAAGAUGACUUCAACGGCUGCCCGAACAUCCCGUCCAGCCUCAUAUUCCAGCGCAGCACUAAAGAAACCCUCUGGAUAUCCACUCAGCUCUCCUCCACCAAACUAACACAGAAUGUCGAUUUACUAGCCUUGUUGAAGUGGAAAGCCCAUCCAGACCGUGUAAUGGAUAUUUUGGGCCGAUUGCGGCACGUCUGUGGGGAAGAAAUAGUCAAAUUUCUUCAAGACAUCCUCGACACGCUGUUCUCCAUUCUGGAUGACAACACAGACAAAUACGGACCCCUGGUGUUUCAGUCACUGGUGUUCAUCAUCAAUCUGCUCCGGGACAGUAAGUUUUAUCACUUCAGGCCUGUGAUGGACACAUACAUCCAGAAGCAUUUUGCUGGAGCACUGGCUUAUAAAGAGUUGAUUCGCUGUCUGAAGUGGUAUAUGGACCGAUCAGCAGAAGUUGUUCGGCAGGAUCACAUUCAGGAAGCCAUGAGGGCUCUAGAGUACCUGUUUAAAUUCAUCGUCCAGUCACGGAUCCUGUAUUCCCGGGCCACCUGUGGGAUGGAGGAGGACCAGUUUCGGGCUAGCAUCCAGGAGCUUUUCCAGUCCAUUCGUUUUGUGCUCAGUCUGGACAGCCGUAGCUCUGAGACACUCAUUUUCACACAGGCUGCCCUACUCAACUCGUUCCCAGCUAUUUUUGACGAGCUCCUCCAGAUGUUCACGGUACAGGAAGUGGCAGAGUUUGUGAGGGGAACUCUAGGUAGCAUGCCUAGUACGGUCCACAUCGGGCAGUCCAUGGAUGUGGUCAAGCUGCAGUCCAUCGCUCGGACAGUGGAUAGCAGGCUUUUCUCCUUCCCUGAAUCAAGGAGAAUUCUCCUUCCUGUUGUUCUCCAUCACAUUCAUCUGCAUCUGCGCCAACAGAAGGAGCUUCUGAUCUGCUCGGGAAUCCUGAGCAGCAUUUUCUCCAUCAUUAAGAGCAGCUCAUUGGAGAGCUCUGUGCAGGAGGAGGUAGAGAUGAUGGUGGAGAGUUUGUUGGAUGUGUUGUUGCAGACGCUGUUGGCCAUCAUGAGUAAAUCUCAGUCUCAGGAGGCGGUAAGAGGGCAGCGCUGUCCACAGUGCACGGCUGAGAUCACUGGGGAGUAUGUGUCCUGCUUGCUGUCCCUCCUGCGUCAAAUGUCGGACAUUCAUUUUCAACACCUGAUGGACAACUUCCAAAGCAAAGAGGAGCUCAAGGAGUUCUUGCUGAAGAUUUUCUGCGUGUUCAGAAACCUGAUGAAGCUCAGUAUAUUUCCACGUGACUGGAACGUCAUGCGACUGCUGACCAGCAACAUCAUUGUGAGCACGACUCAGUAUCUGUCGCCUGCUCUCCAUAAAAGCUUCACGGAUGCUGACUUUGAUUUUAAGGUGUGGAACUCGUACUUCAGUCUGGCCGUGUUGUUUAUCAACCAGCCCAGUCUACAGCUGGAGACUCUGACCCCGGCCAAGCGGAAGAAGGUGUUUGACAAGUAUGGUGACAUGAGGGUCAUGAUGGCUUAUGAGCUGUUCAGCAUGUGGCAGAAUUUGGGUGAGAAUAAGAUCCACUUCAUACCAGGAAUGAUUGGCCCAUUUUUGGGUGUGACGCUCGUACCGCAAAAUGAAGUCCGAAAUAUAAUGAUCCCCAUCUUCCACGAUAUGAUGGACUGGGAACAGAGAAAGAACGGCAACUUCAAACAGGUGGAGGCAGAACUGAUAGACAAACUGGACAGUCUGGUGUCUGAAGGCAAAGGAGAUGAGAAUUACAGAGAACUCUUCAGUUUGCUAACUCAACUGUUUGGGCCGUACCCCAGUCUGCUGGAGAAGAUCGAGCAGGAGACCUGGAGGGAGACGGGCGUCUCUUUCAUCACGUCUGUCACGCGCCUCAUGGAACGACUGCUGGACUACAGAGAUUGCAUGAAAGGCGAUGAGACAGAAAACAAGAAGAUCGGCUGCACUGUUAACCUGCUGAAUUUCUACAAGUCAGAGAUUAACAAAGAGGAGAUGUACAUCCGAUACAUUCACAAGCUGUGCGACAUGCACCUUCAGGCCGAAAACUACACAGAGGCGGCGUUCACGCUCCUGCUGUACUGGGAGCUGCUCCACUGGGAAGAGAGACCCCUCCGAGAGUUCCUGCACUAUCCUGCUCAAAGCGAGUGGCAUCGCAAGGAGGGCCUCUGUCGCAAGGUCAUCCACUACUUCAACAAGGGAAAGUGUUGGGAGUACGGCAUCCCGCUGUGUCGCGAGCUAGCCUUCCAGUACGAGUCCUUGUACGAUUAUCAGAGCCUCAGCUGGAUACGGAAAAUGGAGGCGGCGUAUUACGACAACAUCAUGGAGCAGCAGCGACUCGAGCCGGAGUUCUUCAGGGUGGGGUUUUAUGGCCGGAAGUUUCCCUUCUUCCUCAGGAACAAGGAGUUUGUUUGCCGAGGGCACGACUACGAGAGACUGGAGGCCUUUCAGCAAAGGAUGCUGGGAGAAUUUCCGCAAGCUAUCGCCAUGCAGCACCCGAAUCAACCCGAUGAGGGGAUUUUACAGGGAGACGCCCAGUACCUCCAGAUCUACGCCGUGACUCCAGUUCCAGAAAACAUCGAUGUGCUGCAGAUGGACCGCGUGCCGGACCGCAUCAAGAGCUUCUACAGAGUCAAUAACGUCCGGCGCUUCCGCUACGACCGGCCCUUCCACAAGGUGCCCAAAGACAAGGACAACGAGUUUAAGAGUCUCUGGAUCGAGCGGACCACACUCAUCCUCACCCAUCCUCUGCCCGGGAUCUCCCGCUGGUUCGAGGUGGACAAGCGUGAGCUGAUCGAGGUUAGUCCGCUGGAGAACGCCAUAUACGUGGUGGAGAACAAGAACCAGGAGCUGCGCACCCUGAUCAGUCAGUACCAGCACAAGCAGCUUCACGGAAACAUCAACCUGCUCAGCAUGUGCCUCAACGGGGUGAUCGACGCCGCCGUCAACGGAGGGAUCGCCAGAUACCAGGAAGCGUUCUUCGAUAAAGAGUACAUCAGCAGUCACCCAGAAGACACGGAGAAGAUCACCCAGCUCAAAGACCUGAUGCAGGAACAGGUCCACAUCCUCGGCAUGGGCCUGGCCGUCCACGAGAAGCUGGUGCAUCCAGAAAUGCGUCCCCUGCACAAGAAGCUGAUCGAUCAGUUCCAGAUGAUGAGGAGCAGCCUCUGUCAUGGCCUGCCCGGUCUGGAUAAGCUGAGUCCGGCCUGCUCAGGGUCCAGCACCCCACGCGGCAUCCUCGCCACACACAGCCCCAUGAGUCCCGAAAGCAUCAAGCUCAUGCACCGGCACAGCCCUCUGAAUGUGUUGGGCUCUGUCCGCCAUUCGUCCUCUUCUCUCUCCUCUCACACUUCCAGUGAGACAGGGAACCUGCUCAUCCUGACGGACAGUAUGAUGGAGCACCCGGAGGACCUCUACCGCAUGCAGCCCAGUCCGUCAUCGUCCAGCUUGAGCUCCACGCAUUCAGCUCCCUCUCAGAUGAUCAACUCAGGGCACGGCAGCAUCAGAGUUGGGUCCCCAUCACUACCUGACAGAUACAGACACAACAGAGAGAUGUUAAUGCUCCUACCACCACACAGGGACCGUCCCAGCAGUGCCAUGUACCCCAACAUGACCGAGAAUGGACAACCUACUAACCAUCAGAGGGCUCUUUACCAUCAGGUCAUUGGUCCCUGCAAACCCUGCAGUGACCCCAAUCUCUCUGUGGCUGAUAAAGUGUUGACGGCUCCCAGCAGCUGGAGUUUGGACAGUGGCACCAGGGACACGCUGCCGUUCCUCUCUGCUCAUGUCGGGAGUGUGAUGGCCCCACCCGUUCCCCCCCGCACCCUUCCUCCCGGACACUUCUCGAUGCACUUUGAUGCUUUCCACCACCAGAUCAACGAACUCCCUCCAGCUCUCCCCGCGCGCUCUUUAAGAAAGUCACCCCUUCACCCUAUACCUGCCUCACCCACCAGUCCACAAUCGGGCCUGGAUGGCAGUAACUCCACCUUGUCAGGCAGCGCCAGCAGUGGCGUCUCCUCCUUGAGCGAGAGCAAUUUCGCCCAGUCCUCCUCCGAGCCUCCGGCUCGAGCCGACACCUUGGACUCGAUGCCGAGCAGCCAGGCCUGGACCACGGACACGGAGGAAGCCGAGAGUCCCUACCUCCCCGUACGCUACAGCGUCUCCGAGCCUGAAGUUCUGGACCCUCUCAAGCCCGCUCCUUGCCGUAGUCAUUCAGCCCCUUUGGGCGUAACCCCAGGGAUGCCCACCGAUGGGCACCACCAUCAUCACCUACAUCUCCACCAUCACCACCCACAUGCAAUACACAUCACCCACCCGCACUACCACCACCACGAGCCUGCACCUGCUCUGCCUCCCAAACCUUACUUGAGGGAAGGGUGUAUCCCCGAAGAGGAUCUGAGGCCGGUUCCAAGGCCAAUGCCCCGCAAGAUCUCCCAGCCUCUGCUCACUAACAAGGAGGAGCAGGCCAAGGUGGCCUGGGAACAUGGCAUUAGUGAAGAAUAGAUGAAGAGCGAGGUUAAGCUCGAUCCGGUUGGCUUUAGUGUGAUAGGUGGUUGGGUUUUGGGAAUGUCCCAAGAACUGACUGGGUUUGAACCUCUACUCCACUUCCCAUGUAUCCAGUGUAGGUCUUUGAAACCUUUUAAGAAGUGCUUGACAUGUUUCUGAGCUUCUACAUGCUAGUGAGACAUUUUGUUGUGUGCUUAGUGGUUGUUGAUUGGGAGUUGCCCAGGAACCUUGAGUUCAACCUGUUUGUAGAGCCCAAGCUACUUCCCCUCAUUAGUAUCAGUAUAUUGAUUGGAUAAUACAGAUAUGGUCCCGAAAGGUCUUUCAGAUCAAACAGGAAGCACAAAAUCACAUUCAGGUGGUUUUCAGGUCUAACCAGAUCUAAGCGUUUCGUGUCCUAAGAGAGAGAUACACCUCUUGUCAAGGUCUACAACUUGUUAACACUUCAUCAUCAUCGCAAUAGUUUUGAUUGAUUGACGUAAUACACCUUUUGAAGAAAAAGCAUCGAUAAACCUUACCAAUAGGCGUUGUUCAGUUCUGGUUAGGUUGCACUUUAGCACUCAACCUCGUCUAUUUUUUAUUUUAAAGAAUAAUUUAGAAAGUGGUCAAAAGUGGAUUAAAUAGUGGCUAAAUUUGGAAUUAAGUUCACUUUCAUCUCGGUAGCCCUCACGAGGAUGAAUUUCAGAUCCUCAAAGAUUAUCUCCAUUGACUAAACGUUCUCAUUCCCUCUGACAGGAUACUUCCCAAUCCAAUGCAAAAGCCUCAGACGUGGUUUUUAUUAACACAGCGGUUGAUAUAGCAUGCUAACACUUCAUUACCGAGCUAAAAACACUUAACAGAACGUCUGCUACCUCCUGCACGGUUGCGGGAAGCUUCUCCUCAGAGAGAAUCUGCACUGAUGUGACAGUAAGAGGCUUUUACAAUCUCGGUAAAGCCUCAUUACACCCACAAUAUUGUCGUGCUGCGAAAGCAAAUCAGCCACUCUCAACGCUACUACCCCGUUACGCUAAUAACGCAACAGCCAAAGCGCUGUUAAAUCAAAGCCAUUUCACAGAUGUCUCCUCACGGUAAAGCGGCUUUCGGUCUCAGUAGGUUCCUUUGGGAAUUGAUUUCCGUUCCUCUGAGUUGACAGUUUUCAUAAAGAAGUAUAUUUUUAGAUAGAGCUGUUAUACAAUUCCAAGACUUUAAUAUAAUUGUAUAGUAUUAAAAAAAAUACAAAAAGAGAGGUAGAAUAAAUACAGCUUAGAUUAUAUCAUAUACUAUAUUGCUAUGAAAGAUUAUAUCACACAUUUCUAAAGAUGGAAACCAGGCAAGAUUCACGGGUGUGUUUUAUGUUGUGAGUUGAGUGACUUCGAGAAGUCUUUUAGCUGCCGAUAGACGCAAAUUCGGUACCUGAUGUUCUUUGCGUAUUAACUUCUGACGACUUGAACGUAUGUGUUAUUUAAAAAGCUAAUUUUUAUGUACAAUGUGCAUGUUCUCUUCAACGGUGGUGAUAAUAUUACGCUACAUCACUUGAAGGGAGGGUCUGGUAGAGGUAUUGCUUGUACUGUAUAUCUACGCAUCCUCAUCCGCAACACCAUUAACUAGCAUUUCAUGUGAAACUGUUAAUUAUAUCUGCUUCGAGCAAAACACUGCAUAUUGAGUCUGAAAUAAACUGAAGUGGCAGGAAAAAACGUAAAUCUGCUGUCCCAUUUUAAUUUCGCUUUUCAAAACGAAGCAAGGACAUGCAUUCAAGAAAGCGACGAAUGAUAAAAGCUAUAUUAUUAUUAUUAUUUAUUAUGAUGUGGUUUAAUUUGGUUUUAUAUCACUUAAGUGCAAAAAUAUGUUAAGAGUUUUGAAAGGAACUUUUUAUUUAUUAUAAGUCCUGGUGUACAAACACAAAAGCAUAUACCGUACUUAGGGCUGCUGGUUAUAUGAAACACGGAUAUUUGAAGGCGUUUAUGAUAUGAAGACUGCACUGUUUAUGGCAGUUUGUAAACGCAAGUUAUCUUAAUGGCCGAUAUGACUGAUAGUUCUUGACUAAAGGCCUUUUUAUGAUAGAGGACCUUCUUUAGAUGUGGGAGUCUCUGACUGAUUGCAUUACUAAUAUUCCCAUCUGUUCUCCAUUCUGUCUCUUCAUUUGUAUGCACUUCCUCCUGAAGUAAAACUGGUGAUGGUAUGCAUUUGUAAAUUUAUUACUAUUGUUUUUUGUUUAAUUAUAGACAUAUAAUGAUGAAGUAAGAGCGUUAUGUCUCCAAAGACACACACAGAAAUGGUUUGACCGACGAGUUAUUUGCGAUUACCUUAACAUCUUGAGGUUAAUAAAUCAUUUUAUACACAUUAAAUAUUGAAUGAUCAGGGAAGGAACUGGAAUCUAUGCAAAGAUCGAGUGUUAUAAGAGAGAGUGUAUCUGUGACGGCCCUUUCUGUGAAUAUUAGCACUGAUAAACUAAAAAAAGCAUUAAUAUUUAUCGUUUUGAGCAUUUCUUAUGGCUUUCUAGACAUUUUUGCAUGUAAAUACAGACUGACGGAUACUGUGUGUCUUGUAUUCAUUCACCGUUAUGAUUUUGCUUGCAUAUUCAAGCAAAAAAAUAAAUUUAAAACGUAUUAUUAUCACAAGGUUACUCAUUUGGCACAAACAAACGUAUAUAAAAAAAAAACAAAAAAAAAACGAGUGUAUAUAUUUUACAUGUUUGAUAUCUCCGUUGAGGCAAACAGACAGAGUUUCAGAUUGAGGGUGACAUUUUAUUUUUUACAUGACGAGGUUGCCCUGAUAAGCAUCUAUAAUUUAAUACCUUCUGAGAUAAGUGUUUUGCUUAACAAAAAUUGGGUUUAUUUUCCUGUAUUUGCUGAAAGGAUUGAUUGCCAUUUAUUGGAAAUAACUAAGAGGAUGGUGAGCAAAGGGGAAAAACAUCUUCUUUUUUCUUUUUAGUCUCUGUACAUACGAGUAAAGACGGAUACUAAACGCUCUGGUCUGCAUUACAGCUCGUACCACACCAUGUUUGGCUUUAUUUCGUGUAUAUAAUCCUUCAAAAGCUUUGUAUUUAUAUGGUCAAGAGGGACAAAUCAUGUAUAGACUGAGAUUAAUUGUCUGCCUUGUACUUUCUGAUGUAAAUGUGUUUUUAAAACUAAACUGCGAACGUGAAAAAAAAAAAGAAAAAAAAAACUUUCAAUGGCCUAAUCACUACAGUUAUUUUGUGUAUUUUGCAUUGAAAUCUGAAGAGCGUUUUGUUUUACCAUGCAGAACUACGACAACCUUUGUACAAGUAUUCUCAAAGUAUUUUUUCUGUAUAUAUUGUGCUAGCAUGAAUACAUGUGGUGUGGAUUUUAGAUGUAAAUACACACAUUUUUUUCCUACUCACUUAACCGCUGUGACGUGUAAUUCAUUAAUAUUGCCUAAUAUUAAAGAUAAUGUUUUAUCGACUGA